AUGGGACCUCAACCCGAUCUCAGUUCCAGCCGGAAUGCCAACGCAUCAUUCGUCAAUGAUUCAGCCACUUCUUCCCCGGGUUUUCAAAGCCCUGCCGAUACUCCAUCCUUGGAAAAGUCCAAUGCCCUAGACCAACCUACUGAGGAUAUCCUGCCUAGAGAUCGACAGCAGAAGACCGCAACCUAUGACUAUGCCUAUGAGAAAUCCAUGAGUCACGCCGAGGCGAGACUUUUCUAUCAGCAUCAUCAGUUGGCUGCACGAAACAGCGAUACCUUGCCUUCGAGUCCCGUGGCAGCUGCCCGCUCCGAUCCCCAACCCGAAGAAGCCCUCGAUCUCCCAGAUCCGAUGAAUGCCCAAACUCAGGUCACCGGCGAGGGAUUCAUGGUCUCAGAGUCUGAUCCCGCGAUGCUACACCUACAGUCUGAAGAGCAAGAUCCCGCGUCUCACUACCUUGAAGAAGACCAAGAGGCGGCAAGCAGCUCUGCCCAGAACCAGGCGGCACUUUUGGGCGCGGUCCAUGGGCAGGGUCCAUACCAGGCAGCUUCGGAGGGCCUACAGAGUACCGGGCUGGGGAUCGGUCAGGCUCAGGUCGCCAGUGGCUUUACUUCGAAUAAUGCUGCUGUGACUUCGGAGUUGAGCGCCAUCUACCGCAAGAUCAAAAAUUUGCUUGACCGCCGAAAUCAGUAUAUGGAAUUGUCAUUGCAGCGACCUGGGAAUGAUCCCAGGGACCAACCGGAUUGGGACAUCUACCCUCCUCCCCCAGAGCCAGCGUGGGAUGAUGGCAAAGAAUAUCAGCCGGGAAAUGCUGGCGGUCCAUCCGAUCUCAACGGGAAGAAGAGAAAGAUGGGCCAAGAUAUCGGGGAGGACUUCGAUAUGGAAGAAUUGAUGCCUCUCCCCGGAGAAUCAUCUUGGACGUAUAGACUGGACGGCAACAGUGUCUACCAGGUCUUUGAAUCAGACCCAACCGCCGAUGAGCAGAAACCCAUUGUCCAGAUCCCUUCUCUGCGUGAUUUCUAUAUGGACUUGGACGCCGUUGUGGAUGUUUCGACAGAUGGACCUGCCAAAAGUUUUGCGUUCAAGCGUCUUUCGUACUUGGAAGGCAAGUUCCAACUAUACACCCUAUUGAAUGAAUAUCAGGAGAUGGCGGACAGUAAGAAGGUCCCUCACAGAGACUUCUACAAUGUUCGUAAAGUGGAUACUCACGUUCACCAUUCUGCUUGCAUGAAUCAGAAACAUCUGCUGCGUUUCAUCAAGAGCAAGAUGAGAAAGUCACCGGAUGAGGUUGUCCUGUUCCGUGAUGGAAAACAUCUGACCUUGAGAGAGGUCUUUGAAAGCAUUAAUCUGACUGCUUAUGACCUGAGUAUCGAUACAUUGGAUAUGCAUGCACACACGGACUCAUUCCAUCGUUUUGACAAAUUCAAUCUGAAGUACAACCCUGUUGGAGAGUCCCGAUUGCGUGAAAUCUUUCUCAAAACCGACAAUUACAUCAAGGGCCGUUACUUGGCAGAGAUCACCAAAGAGGUGAUUUCCGAUUUGGAAUCCAGCAAAUACCAGAUGGUAGAAUGGCGCAUCUCGAUCUACGGUCGUUCCCUGCAAGAAUGGGACAAGCUUGCAGCUUGGGUGGUUGACAACAAACUCUUCUCGCCUAACGUUCGUUGGCUCAUUCAAGUGCCUCGUCUCUACGAUGUGUAUAAGGCCAGCGGCAUGAUGGAGAACUACGAGCAAGUCAUUACCAAUGUCUUCCAACCACUGUUCGAGGUGACGAAGGAUCCUUCCAGCCACCCGAAACUUCACAUAUUCCUCCAGCGUGUGGUCGGAUUCGACAGUGUGGACGACGAGAGCAAGCCCGAGCGCCGGCUGUACAGAAAGUAUCCUAUCCCCCGUGAAUGGAGCACUAAACAGAACCCGCCAUACACUUACUGGCUGUACUUCAUGUUUGCCAAUAUCGCUUCUCUCAACAAUUGGCGCAAACGCCGAGGAUUCAAUACGUUUGUUCUUCGACCCCAUUGCGGAGAGGCAGGUGACCCAGACCAUUUGGCUGUUGGUUUUCUCUGCUGCCACAGUAUCAGUCACGGGAUUCUGCUGCGCAAGGUUCCUCUUUUGCAAUACCUUUACUAUCUGGACCAGAUAGGCAUUGCCAUGUCACCUCUCAGUAACAAUGCACUGUUCCUGACAUAUGACAAGAACCCGUGUGCUAGCUUCUUCAAGCGAGGACUCAAUGUGUCUUUGUCCACCGAUGAUCCUUUGCAGUUCGCUUUCACCAAAGAACCUCUCAUUGAAGAAUACUCCGUCGCAGCCCAGAUCUACAAGUUCAGCGCGGUCGACAUGUGUGAACUCGCCAAACAUUCCGUCGAUCAGAGUGGAUUCGAGCACUCCUUGAAGGCUCGAUGGCUCGGCUCGGACUGUUCCCUCCCAGGUGUCUCUGGCAACAAUGUUGCAAAGAGUAAUGUUCCAGAUAUCCGCGAGGCCUUCCGAUAUGAAACUUUGCUUGGAGAAUUGUCCCUAAUCGAGCAAUAUUCCGAAAGCAAUGGUUCCGAAGAGCAAAAGGCUUCAGGCCCAAUUUCAGUUCCUGCGAACCAAACGCUUGGCAAGCCCGGGGACAAGGUGCCUUCAAACGAUCAUUCCUCACCUAAUUCCAAACCUGAGCUCCCUACAGAUGGCUCACACGGUGAGAUUGCGGGUAUGACACAAGUUCCUACUUCCCCGUCGACUCCGUCGACUCUUUUAGCUCGAUCUCCUCGUGUCGCCGCGGGUGAGUUCUCAUCUCCCAGUAACAAUGCUCUUGGAACCGGUGUUGGGGGAGCGGCCGGUCUUCCAGAGCAGAAGAUCUUUCCAGGUAUCGUUCAUGAGAGGGCUCGAAAAGGGAAUAUGCAUCAAUAA